AUGGCGCCCAACAUGGGCAGUGUUGCGCAAGGCAACGGAUACAAUUGCCAUGACGCCGACAGCAACAGUUUUCGCUCAAAGAGACUCCUGUUUUCAGACCCGGUUGAACCAAUCGCCAUCGUUGGCAUGGCUAUGCGACUUCCGGGACAAGUACGUAAUGACAAGGACUUCUGGAACCUCCUUGUUGAAAAGAGGAGUGGUCUCUGUGAGGUACCCAAGGAUCGGUAUAAUGUGAAUGGGUUCUGCGAUUCUUCUGGCAAGCCAGGUACUUUUAAGCCGGAAAAGGCAUAUUUCCUUGAGAAUGUCGGGAUCCAAGACCUAGAUACUAGCGUGUUUCCAUUUUCGAAGACAGAGCUAGAGAGGCUCGACCCCCAGCAGCGACAGUUGUUGGAGGUUACUUAUGAAUGCAUGGAGAAUUCGGGCGCAACAUCCUGGCGCGGAAGCAAGAUCGGCUGCUACGUUGGUGUCUUCGGCGAAGACUGGCAGGACUUGAACGCCAAAGACACCCAGCAUAAAGGGGGAUAUCGUGUCACUGGAUACGGAGACUUCGUCCUGGGAAACAGGGUUUCCUAUGAAUUUGAUCUCCAUGGUCCGAGCAUGACCGUUAAAACGGGCUGUUCUUCCUCGCUGGUGUGCUUGGACAUGGCAUGUGAAGCUAUCCGAAAGGGAGAUUGUGAUGCCGCUCUGAUCUGUGGCUCCAGCCUCAUCUUUUCCCCUACCAUGACAAUGGCUCUCAGCGACCAAGGUGUUUUGGCUGAAGACGGCAUAUGCAAAAGCUUUGAUGCGUCUGCAAACGGUUAUGGCCGUGGUGAGGCUAUCAAUGCAAUCUAUAUCAAGAAACUCGGCCAGGCCAUCCAAGACCAAGACGAUAUCCGAGCUGUGAUCCGUGGUACCAGUGUCAACACAGAUGGUCGGACCAACGGCAUGCUGACUCCUAGUCCCAUUGCUCAAGAAGCCUUGAUCCGCCAAGCUUAUAAACAGGCUGGUAUUGAAAACAUAUGCGAAACUGCUAUUGUCGAAUGCCACGGUACAGGCACUCCAGUUGGCGAUCCCCUCGAGGCAACUGCUGUUGCAAACUGCUUUGGCGCUGAGGGUGUAUUGAUUACAUCGGUCAAACCGAACGUCGGACAUUCCGAGGGUGCUGCGGGCAUCACAAGCCUGAUUAAGGCCGUGUUGGCCAUUGAACAUCGACAAGUACCACCAAACAUUCACUUUACGAAACCCAAUCCACAAAUUCCAUUUGAACGUUGCAAACUUCGCGUGCCUGUCGACGUAGAGGCCUGGCCCCAAGGCCGUGCUGAGAGAGUCGGUGUGAACUCCUUCGGCAUCGGCGGAGUCAACGCCCACGUCGUAUUGGAGUCUUUGGAGCAAUACCUCAAAUAUGACUCCAGGUACUUGAGGUCUGUCCCUCUUCUUAACGCUCUCGGGUCCGGAAACGGCAUUGCCGAUGUGCAGCAGGUGAUGUUGCUCUCGGCCCACAGCGAAUACUCGCUGAAGGAAACCAUUGAAGAGCAUCGAAAGUACCUCGAGUGGACAAAUGGUCCUUUUAAGGAUGCUGCCUACUCGCUUGCCAACCGCCGGGACCACAAGACGAGACCUCACCGCGCCUUUGCAGUUGCUAGUAAGGUGAAUGGAAAGCUAUCUUUCGAGGUGACCGGGCCAACAACAGCCAUCGAGCCAGCACCGCGUGUUGCUUGGAUCUUCACUGGUCAAGGUGCCCAAUGGCCAGCUAUGGGCGCAGAGCUGAUUGACUCCAACUCCAUAUUCCGGAAUUCUAUCAGAGGCCUAGAUAACUUCCUUGCCUCACUACCGAACCCUCCCUUCUGGACAAUUGAGGAUGAGCUGCGUAAGCUGCCAGGCGACAGUCGCGUCUCGGAGGCUGAAUUUGGGCAUCCCCUCUCGAUUGCUGUGCAGAUCGGGCUGGUAGACCUUUUGCAUGCUUGGAACAUCAAGCCUGACUUUGUGCUUGGACAUUCUUCCGGAGAAAUGGCUGCCGCAUACGCCGCCGGUGCUAUCUCGGCCACCGCCGCAAUGGCUGCUGCAACCUUCCGAGGCUCCACAUCCCCAGAUGAGCAGACCAGGAUCCAGCCUAAAGGAGGAAUGGCUGCUAUUGGCCUUGGUGCCCACGAGAUGGACGAGUUCAUACUGCCUGGUGUCGUCAUUGCCUGCGAGAACAGCCAAUGUAGUGUCACUAUAUCUGGGGACCUCAACCAGGUCGCCGUGAUUGUCGAGAACGUCAAGGAGAAGCGCCCUGGUGUUUUGGCUCGCUUCCUGAGAGUUGAGAAGGCCUUCCACUCUCACCAUAUGAAACAGUACGGGGCGUCAUACGAGGAGCAUUUGAGACCAUUUGUCAAGAGCGUUGAUCCUGCUAUUCCUUUCUACUCGUCAGUGACUGGGAAGCAGUUGGUCGGAGAGGGAUGUCUUGACUCUUUCUAUUGGCGAAAGAACAUGGAAAGCCCAGUCCUCUUCAACACAGCCCUCCGGUCGGCGCUGAGGUCCCGAGAAGAGCGCCUUAUACUUAUUGAAAUCGGACCUCAUCCUGCUCUCAAGGGUCCAAUCGGCCAAAUUCUACGAGAUAUCUCUCGGAAUGACAUUUGCCAGGUUGCCACUCUCCAAAGAAACAAGAUCUGCUCUGACAGCAUCUUGGAGACCGCGGGAAAUCUGUUCCUGAACAACAUCGCGCUUGACUGGUCGGUCGUCUGCCCUCCCGGGAAGAUUGUCAGGGAUCUCCCGCAGUACUCUUGGAAACACGAUAUUUCUUACUGGGCCGAGUCUCGCCUUGCCAGCGGAUUCAGAUUCCGCGAGUUCCCCCCUCACGACUUACUCGGCACCCGCAUUGUUGAGGUCUUCAACGAGAACUGCUGGAGAAACAAACUCUCCUUGGACAAUCUCCCAUGGCUCCAAGGCCAUGAAAUUGACAACCAGGUGGUUUUCCCAGGUGCCGGCUAUAUCUGCAUGGUCGGUGAAGCAGUUGCGCAAUUGUCUGGAGCGACCGAGUAUACUCUCAACAACGUCAGCAUCACAGCUGGUCUCAUCCUCGGGCAUGACAAGUCGGCGGAGAUUGUGACGCGACUUACUCCCAACGCUGUAGAUUCCGACGAAACCGCAUCUUAUACAUUCCAGAUCACUUCAUUUGACGGGGUGCAGUGGACCAAGCAUUGUUUCGGGGAGGUCAAGGGCUUUGUUGAUAAGUCUGUUGUUACAGAGAUAAGCGAAAGUCCCGGCCAAAGUCGCCAGGUCGAUGCAGAUGAGUGGUACACCGUCUUGAACCGUAUCGGUUUCAACUAUCAGGGUUAUUUCCGCGGCCUUUGCCAGAUUUCCGCCUCCCCAGUGGACAGCACGGCGGUUGCAACAGUUCCAAUCCGCAAUAAUGACAGAACAAACUACGCCAUCCACCCCGGUGCUAUCGAUCAGUGCUUCCAACUUUUCACUGUUGCUUCAAGUCAAGGUCUUGGCCGGAACUGCCGCAAUGUUGCUGUGCCCACUUUCAUCGGAGAAAUGGUUGUUUCUCCUACUGACCUAGAUCUACAUGUCGUAGCCAACAUCAACAGCGUCGAACGUGGAUCCUUUGAGGGUUGCCUGACUGCCCAGGCUAAGGGCCGGGUAUUCCUCUCCCUGAAGGGUUUCAAGGCAUCUGCCAUGACAAACGCUGGGAAUGACGAUGAAUACCUACCACUCAUCACUCAGUUUGAAUGGCGUCCGCACGCAGACUUUAUCCAGAUGAAGGAUUACAUGUAUCCUCGCACCUUCAUCCCCGCUGAAUGGCCAAUGUUGGAAGAGAUGAUGCUUUUGGCUAUCAUUGACCAUCAACAGUCUAUCAGGGUGGACGAAUUCACCCCUCCUCAUCUAGUCAACUUAUUCAAGUGGAUGCAGGACUACAUCGCAUUAUACAAGGCUGGCUCUAACAAAUUCUUGUCCAAGGAAAUGUCAUAUGAGGACCUCAGCAAAGAACAGCGCACAGAGAAAAUCGAUUCUCUCGCUCAACAGCUCUCGUCAUCACAUUAUGAUGCCUUCGCUAUUGCCAUUCACCGUUUAUUCAAGAGAGCGGACUCCAUCGUGGCUGGAGAUGCCCAUGCUUUGCAUAUCCUGAUGGAGGACGACGUCUUGACCCGUCUCUACGCCAAUGGAGACGAACUUCUCUAUGGUGAUGCCAUUCGAGCUCUUGGACACACGAACCCUCGCCUCAGAGUUCUUGAGGUUGGCGCUGGAACGGGUGGUACCACGUCAAAAGUUCUAGAUGCCUUGACAACUUUGUAUGGGGAGCGUUUGUACAGCAGCUACACCUACACUGAUGUCUCCGCUGGUUUCUUUGGCGCCGCCAAGGACCGUUUUGCACAAUUUGAGGGGAUAAACUAUACUACCUUCGACGUUUCCAAAGACCCGGGUGAGCAAGGUUUCGAGAAGAAUUCUUAUGACCUGAUUAUUGGAUACAACGUUGUUCAUGCGACUCCCAGUCUACCAGAAUCCCUCGCCCAUCUUCGAAGCCUUCUCAGCCCGAGCGGUCGUAUCUUUCUUCAAGAGCUAUGUCCCACGGCAAAAUAUAUCAACUACAUCAUGGGUUUCUUACCUGGGUGGUGGCUCGGCGACGAAGAUAAUCGCGCCGACGAACCCUACGUCUCCCCUGAGCGUUGGUCCAAGGAACUCGUAGCUGCAGGAUUCAAAAACCCUGAAUAUGUCCUCGAUGGAAUUCCCCCGUAUCAUCAGAGCGCUGGUAUCAUGGCCUCUGUGGAUAUCAAGACGGAGGUACCCUCGAAUGUUGCUAUAUUGUGCUACGAUCCGAAGGGGCCAUUUGUCGAGGAGUUGAAGAACAAACUUGAGUCGCAGGAAAUCAGUGUCACGGUGGCCAUUUUUGGGCAAGCCUUGCCUUCACAUGAUGUUAUUUCUGUACUUGACAUGGAACAGCCUACCGCUCACGGGUUAACGGAAGACUCUUUCAAGAUACUGGUUGAUCACCUACAGCACCUCAAAUCCAAAAUGAUCUGGCUCUUAGGCUCUUCUCAGGUCAAGUGCGAAGACCCAAAAGCCGCUAUGAGUAUUGGUCUCGUACGAACUGCCCGCAACGAAUACUCAACCAGCAUCUACACACUGGAGAUUGAGGCGAUAGCCUCUAUGCCGACUAUUACCAAGGCAGUUUCGGAUCUUUUGUCCCAUAUUCAAUCGUCUGCUCUAAAUAUAGACGUCAUAGAUCGGGACUGGGAAUAUGCACUCGUCAACGACACGGUGCUCGUGCCUCGCUUACACUGGCAGACCAUGUCAAACGCGUUCAAGAAUUCGGGUGUGGGCUCGCGCGAACCCUCGUCCAAGCACUUGACCGUCAAAACACCAGGAUUGCUCCACACCAUGGGCUGGAGUGAAGAGGCUAAGAAACCUCUCGAGGAGGAUGAAGUUCGAGUGAAGACUAAGGCAGUUGGUCUCAAUUUCCGAGAUGUCCUCAUUGCUCUUGGUGUGCUCAAUAACAGUACUAGAGAAAUUGGUCUCGAAGGCUGUGGUAUCGUAACGGACGUUGGGUUGAGGGUUUCUAAGUUCGCUGUCGGAGACCGGGUGAUGUAUAUGUCCAGUGGAUGUUUCACUUCUGAUAUCACUUUAUCCCAAAAGCUUUGCGUCAAGAUCAGCGACAGUAUGACCUUCGAGCAAGGCGCCUCGUUGCCUUGUGUUUAUGCCACCGCAACUAUGGCACUGGUUGAUAAAGCAAACGUUCGGCCUGGUCAAACCGUUUUAAUCCACUCUGCUUGUGGAGGCGUUGGUUUGUCGGCGAUUCAGAUUGCUCAGAUGCUCGGCGCAGAAAUCUACUGCACUGUGAGCAACGAAGAAAAGACUAACUACCUUACUGAAAACCACAAAAUCCCUCGUGCUAAUAUCUUCAACUCCCGCGACUCAUCUUUCGUCCGCGAUAUCAUGAGGGUGACCAAUGGCAGAGGUGUUGACGUGGUGCUCAACUCUCUUUCUGGAGACCUCCUUCAUGCAUCGUGGUCGUGUGUUGCCGAGUUUGGAACCAUGAUUGAGAUUGGCAAAAGGGAUUUCCGGCGUCGUGCCAAGCUUUCUAUGGAAGCCUUCGAGCAGAAUCGUACCUUUUUUGGUCUCGAUCUGUGGCAAGUCUCCCAGGUUCGUCCUGAUCAGGCUUCAGAGCUGCUUGAACGAUGUGUCACUUGGAUCCAACAAGGUCUGCUCGAUGUCGGCGCCAUUGCCAAGGUAUUCGAGGCCUCCCAAAUCCAAGAGGCCUUCAGAUUCAUGCAAGGUGGCCGGCAUAUUGGCAAGAUCAUCAUCACCAUACCUGACAACACGGAUACACUGCAUUCGGUCAAGCAGCGGCCAGUGCCCAAAUUGCGAGCUGACCGCAGCUACAUUCUUGUUGGUGGUCUAGGUGGUCUGGGCAGGUCCCUCGCCAGGUGGUUGGCCGAGAAUGGUGCCGGAGAGUUAAUAUUUCUAUCUCGAUCGGCCAAGCCAGGCCCACAUGUAGACGAUUUCGCGAAAGAGUUGAUUUCUCAGCAGUGUUCUGUGCAGUUGAUUGCCGGCAGCGUCGCCAGCGCGGCUGAUGUUCAAGCAGCUGUCAAUUCGGCUACCAAGCCCAUUGCCGGUGUCAUCAAUCUGUCCAUGGUCCUCAGAGAUGUCACUCUACAGGACAUGACCUUCGAGGACUGGACCACUGCCGUCGCGCCUAAGGUCCAAGGUACCUGGAACCUUCAUAAUGCCCUCUCGACGGACUUGGACUUUUUCAUUGUCUGCUCGUCUUACAGCGGUAUUGUCGGUCAAUGGGGCCAGGCCAACUACGCCGCUGCCAAUACCUUCUUGGAUGCCUUUGUGCAGUACCGUCACGGGAAGGGCCUCGCUGCAUCGGUCAUUGACAUCGGCGUCAUGGGUGAAGUGGGUUUUGUCUCAAAGCAUAGGGAAGUUCUUGAUCGGUUUCAGAAGUCUGGUAUGCGCAUUCUUAAAGAGCAGGAUCUUUUGGACGCAUUUCAUCUCGCCACCCAGACCUCUGCUCCCACUAAGGCCAGCACUCAAGAUGGUGCAUACCACAGCCCUGGCCAGAUUCUGCUUGGUCUCGUUACCACUGUUCCAAUGACUUCUCCAAACAACCGUGUUGUCUGGAAGAAUGAUAUUCGAAUGGCUAUCUAUCAUAACAUCAACUGUGCCGAGUCUUCCAACAAGGCGCUAGCCGAGAAAGACGACGUAGCCAGCCUCCUCUCGACAGCGUCGACGUCGCUGUCUGUCUUAGAAGACGACACAGUCGUUGAAACUAUCGCCAAAGCCACCGCCGCUUCACUCGCUAAGUUUCUCAUCAAGGAGGAGAACACCAUCCAGCUUCAGCUCUCUCCAGAAAAGAAUGGCAUCGACUCCCUCGUAGCCAUGGAGCUCCGUAACUGGAUACGACAGAAGUUCAGCGUGGAGAUUAGCGUCAUGGUGAUUAUUCAGUCCUCGUCUCUGCUUAGCCUCGCGGAGUUUAUACGUCAAGAGCUUGUUCAGCGCUUCUCGCAAAGCUAA